CAGGUGUACGAGUGCGGUUUUGCCAACUCAGAACGGGCAAGUGCAUGAGGGAUAUGUCUAAGCGAGCAUGGAGCGGUUCAUCUCAUCACUCCCAAAACACUUCGAUCCAAUCCUAUAAUUUCUUUAUCUACGCCCUAGAACCCUCCUUUUCCUUCUCGCUUUUCUCUUUUGUUUUCCUUCAUUUUAUUACUCCCCAAAAAACCCCACACCAAUACAAAAUUCACACUUUCUUUCUUUUCCUCAUUGUUUGCCCGCCAACGAAAUUAUUCCGAGCAGGUUUUGUAUUAAGUUAUAUUCAGUCUCUCUCAUCCAUGGCUACAGCCCAACAGACUUCUGAUUGUAUAACACCAACUGCCUCUCCUGCAGCUUUGAACAUCUUGUCACUAGAUACAAAAGAGAAACAUGGUGAGCCAGACAAGGUGAACGAACGAAGAUUUCCCAAUCCUCCUACAGCUUCUGUUAGCGUUUUUCAUCCAAGAGAUGUUGCAGAUCAAUUGGGACAGUUACAAAUUGUAGAUCAUAAAACUGUCCACCCAACCAAUGCAUACCACCCUCAGGCACAGUUGAUCUACCCUGGAGGAAAACGUGGCACAUAUCCUCUACAAGAUGAUGCUGAAAGCUUGGGAAAUGGUUCUGCUGUAAGUAUAGACCUUUGUUCUCCACCUUCAAUUCUACUAAUUCAAUCUUAUGCUUGCUUGUUCUUUUUUGGUUCUUUGCAUCCUUGUGCUCCACCAAUGCAGGGAAUCAAUCAAAAUCCAUCUAUGUUACUCCAUGGCUAUGGGUUCGUCUCUCAAAUGUGUGAUGCACCAUAUGCUCCAUCCUCAGUUCAGCUGCCAUCCGUAAGGGGUCAUGGUGACUUAUACUCUACACAGCAGUUUCCUACAUCAGAUCUACCUUACUGCCAACAGCCAGUUUCACCAAGUGUUCCUUUUGUUGCUUCACCACCUCUGGUUCCACAAGCAAAGGUUCCUUUAAACUUUGAUCAGCGAGGAAAAGUUGAUCACUUUCAGCAAAGAUCUGUCUGUUCUCCAUCGGGAUCUUCUGUUAGAGAAAGCACCCAGUUUAGAAACACUGGUGGCUUAAGUUUAAUGCAACAAGGAUUUGAAGCAUUGGGUUUUGAUGUAUGGUCAGAUUUGUCAAAACCCUUGAAUGGGCAGAAUUCAUUAGUUCAAAUGUCUUCUUCAGCAGCUUCUUUAAAACCAAUUGAAUUGCAGGGCUUGCCUGAGAAUAAUUUAAGAAUGUUUGGAGGUUACCCCUGUUACAAUGGAGGUCGUAGCUAUGGAGAUGUGUCAACUUAUGAUCCAGGAUUUCAUCAUCAAAUAUGGCCUGUACACACAGAGGCAAGACAGGGUGGAAGGUUGAGAGAUCGUUUAUGCAGUUGCACUGGCAAACUAGAGACAUUUACUGCUCAAAAUAAGGGACCUAGGGCGUCAAAGCCAAAAAGCCUGAAAGCAGAAAAUGGUUCCACUGUGAACAAAAGCAAGAAUGCUAUGUCUGCAGACAUUAAUGUCAAGUCUUACAACCAAGUAGAUUUUCCAACCAAUUACCAGGAUGCAAAGUUCUUUGUUAUCAAGUCAUACAGUGAAGAUAACGUUUUUAAGAGCAUAAAAUAUGGUGUUUGGGCAAGCACCCCAAGUGGCAACAAGAAAUUAGAUGCUGCAUAUCGUGAAGCAAAAGAGCAACAAAGGGAUUGUCCGAUAUUUCUCUUGUUCUCGGUUAAUGCUAGCGCCCAAUUCUGUGGAGUGGCUGAGAUGGUAGGACCUGUUGACUUUGACAAGAGUGUGGAUUAUUGGCAGCAAGAUAAGUGGACUGGUCAUUUCCCUUUGAAGUGGCAUAUGAUAAAAGAUAUUCCCAACAGUCAAUUUCGUCACAUUAUAGUAAAGGAUAAUGACAACAAGCCAGUUACCAACAGUAGAGAUACUCAAGAGGUGGAACUGGAGCAGGGAAUCGAUAUGUUGAACAUUUUCAAGAAUUAUGAAGCUCAUUCAUCCAUUCUAGAUGAUUUUGAUUUUUAUGAAGAGCGGCAUAAAGCAUUGCAGGAGAAGAAGGUUAGCCAACAAACAAACCCAGUUUUUGCAUCAGGAAUUGGAGUCAAUUUACUACAACAUCCCACAUCACUUUCUAAUUGCUCUGUAAAUAAAAUGUCCCAAGAGUUUUGUUGAAGCUGUUUCGAGCCAGAACGCAUGAGAACCUUAAGCAGCUUAAAAUUAGACAGUAGUGACUUUAUGAGCUCCUCAUUUCUCUUGUUUAAUUGAUUUUCCUUUACCCUCUUGCUCAUUUUGAUGAUUUGACUCACAUUUAGAAACUAUUUAAUUUGUUUGAUCAAAUAUUAUUUAUGGGUGAGAGCUAUAAUUUCAAGCUA